UAUUCCGUUUCAACUUCAUUCCUGACAAAAACCACCUUGUCUCCCUUCCUGCUUCCUUUCUCUCUCCCCUUCCGAAGCUCUCCCCCUUCGCUUCUUCUCUCCGCUCGCAGCUUCCCCCAUUUCAUGCCUCUCUGCUAAACCCUCACACCCAUAUGACCCACCUUCCUUCAUCCCUCUCUCUUCUCUCUAACGCAUCCUUCUCUAUUUAAAAAUGGGUUCUCUGAUUCCUUUCCAAGACCUCAAUCUCUUGCCUGACCCUACCUCAGCUGCUACCACCAUGGCAACGGCCACGGCCACGGCCACAGCCACAGCCACCGCUACUGGAACUGGAGGUGGCGGCGCCGUCACAAUAUUUCCCAAAAUCGAACCCAAGCUUGAACCUAUGGACGAAAGCCCACCCCUACCUCAAACUUAUCUCCCGAACCCCAACGAUGGUUUUUUCCCUAAUUCUCAGCCAAACCCCAGUAGUAACCCUGAUUCUGUUCAAGAGCUGCCGCAAGGCCUUUCCGAAGAGGAUAAUGUUUAUUCUGAGUUCUACAGAAUUUCUGAGCUAUUCAGGACUGCUUUCGCCAAGAGGAUGCAGGAGUACGGGGAUGUUGAUGUGUUGGACCCGGAUUCGAGGGCAAUUGUGCCGGUGCCGGAGGAAAAUCAGCUCUCUUCCAUCGUGGUUUCGCGGAGGCGGAACCAGCGGUCGUCAGAGCUUGUUCGGGUGACGGAUCUUGGAAUUGAGGACCAGAGGUACUUUCGGGACGUGGUGAGGAGGACGAGAAUGGUGUACGAUUCGCUAAGAAUUUUCUCGAUGGUGGAGGAAGAGAAGCGCAGAGGAUUGGGUAUGGGACGGCGCACAAGAGGUGACUUGAGGGCUGCUUCAGUCAUGAGGGAUCGUGGGUUGUGGCUGAAUCGCGACAAGAGAAUUGUGGGUUCAAUUCCGGGGGUUUACAUUGGGGACUUGUUCUUUUUCAGAAUGGAAUUGUGCGUGGUUGGAUUGCAUGGCCAAGCUCAAGCCGGAAUUGACUAUCUGCCGGCGAGCCAGAGCUCGAAUGGUGAGCCAAUUGCGACGAGUAUCAUCGUGUCGGGCGGGUACGAGGAUGACGAAGAUGCCGGGGAUGUAAUAAUUUAUACAGGUCACGGUGGGCAAGACAAAUAUUCCAGGCAGUGCGUUCAUCAAAAGCUGGAAGGUGGGAAUCUUGCUUUGGAGCGAAGCAUGCAUUACGGGAUUGAAGUGAGGGUGAUUCGGGGGAUUAAGUACGAUGGCAGUGUCACUGGGAAGGUCUAUGUUUAUGAUGGCUUAUAUAGGAUUCUCGAUUCUUGGUUUGAUGUGGGUAAGUCUGGUUUUGGCGUUUACAAGUAUAAACUUUUGAGAAUUGAUGGGCAACCUGAAAUGGGCAGUUCAAUUCUUAGGUUUGCUGAGAAUCUUAGGAACAGACCCUUGUCAGCGAGACCAAUGGGUUAUGUUAGUCUUGAUAUUUCAAUGAAAAAAGAAAACGUUCCAGUUUUCCUCUACAAUGAUAUAGACAACGAUCAUGAACCAAUGUAUUAUGAGUAUCUUCUUACCACUGUAUUCCCACCAUAUGCAUAUCACCAAGGUGCCAAUGGUAGCGGAUGUGAUUGUGUUUCGGGUUGUGCUGAUGAUUGUUUUUGUGCUAUGAAGAAUGGAGGUGAGUUUGCUUAUGAUAACAACGGAAUUCUCUUGAGAGGCAAGCCACUGAUUUUUGAAUGUGGCAAUUCUUGUCGGUGUCCACCAACUUGUCGUAAUCGUGUGAGCCAGAAAGGGGUAAGGAAUAGAUUGGAAGUGUUUAGGUCGAGGGAAACGGGAUGGGGAGUAAGGUCCCUGGACUUGAUCCAAGGUGGUGCUUUCAUAUGUGAAUAUGCUGGAAUUGUUCUCACUAGGGACCAGGCCGCAGUCUUUACAAUGAAUGGUGAUAGUUUGGUGUACCCAAGUCGGUUUACUGAUAGAUGGGCAGAAUGGGGGGAUUUAUCUCAAAUUUAUUCUGAUUAUGUGCGGCCAUCAUACCCCUCAAUUCCACCUUUGGAUUUUGCUAUGGAUGUAUCAAGAAUGAGAAAUGUUGCUUGUUAUAUUAGCCACAGCUCAAGUCCUAAUGUGCUGGUACAGUUUGUGCUAUAUGACCAUAAUAAUAUAUUGUUCCCUCACCUUAUGCUGUUUGCUAUGGAGAACAUCCCUCCUUUGAGGGAACUCAGCCUUGAUUAUGGGGUGGCAGAUGAAUGGACGGGGAAGCUUUCUAUCUGCAACUAAGUCUUUUUGAAGAGUUGGUGCAAUUUUGAUUGUGGUACAACCAGUAUAUUGAGGGCAUGAUGCUCUGAGAUGGGAAACGGGCUUUUGAUUUACCAAUCCUGUAACCAGGUUCCUUGAAGUUUCUGGUCCUCAUCAUUUUCUCCAAAUGGAAUGCUGCAUAUCUCAAUUGCAUCAGAUGACCUUAAAUUUUGACCAAAUCUUAAGCUCUGCUGUGGCUUUACCUUAAAAGUUUUGGACUUCAGUUCACAUUACAAAAGGAUUGCAUUUUUUUUGGGCGGGUGGGGGGAAGAGCGAGCUCGCAGUCAUUGGUGUUGCUGCUGUGAUUCUGCCUGCUGAUUUCUCUGGACAGUAAAUCCUCAUCUUCGUCUUCUUUCCUUCCUAGGAGGAAACUUUCCACACUAUUUCAUUGGGAGCAGUUGCACCUAGGCUUGUAAGCAUGACUGGAUAAACUUUUGUAUUUUGAGCAUGUAUAUAUGAAGUCCAAAUCAGAUAAAGCUUGUACAGGAACUGUGUCGGUUCAUGCUUGGAUGGAUAAAAUCCUUUUUUUAUUUAUAUAUUUUUGUUUUUAGUGCUUUAAAA